UGUCGCAUUUAAGACCCACAUCAUCGGUGGUCAUGAGGCUGUCCCCCACUCCCGGCCAUACAUGGUCUCGCUGCAGAAAGCCGGCACCCACUUCUGUGGGGGAGUCCUCGUACACCCGCGGUGGGUGUUGACAGCUGCCCACUGCGUGGUUCAGCCGACCCAACAGCUGAGGCUGGUGCUGGGGCUCCACAAGCUCAGAGACUUUGGCCUCACCUUCCGAGUCAAGGCAGCAGUCCUGCACCCCAAGUACAAGCCGGCCCCCAAACUGGACAACGACCUCGCGCUGCUGCAGCUGGACGCUAAGGUGCGUAGCAGCAGGACUGUGCGGCCCCUGGCCUUGCCCCGAGGGCGCCAGGCAGUGGCAGCAGGAGCAAGGUGCAGUGUGGCAGGCUGGGGGCUGACCCAACAGAGCGGGCAGCUGGCGGGAGCGCUGCAGGAGCUGGACAUGCAUGUGCUGGACGCCAGGAUGUGCAACAACAGCCGCUUCUGGAAAGGCAGCAUCACCCACAACCUGAUCUGCCUGGAAGUCAAAUCCAAGGAUCAGGUCCCCUGCAAGGGGGACUCAGGCGGGCCCCUGGUGUGCAGCAAAGGCCGGGUGGCUGGAAUCCUGUCCUUCAGCUCCAGAGACUGCACUGACAUCUUCAAGCCCCCCGUGGCCACCGCCGUGGCCCCCUACAUGUCCUGGAUCAGGAAGAUCAUCGGCCGCUGGUCGGCCCCCCCACAGGCCUGAUGCUCCACGGGUGACCCUGGCUCCUUCGUUGGCAGGACCUGCCCUUGCAGGAUCAUGGGGAGGGGCAGAGAGGGGACCGGACACAGCUCAGAGGACCAAUAAAUUGUAA